CACGCUAUCAGCCAAAAGGAAAGAGGUUCCUGUUCCACCCCACCUCGCUCUUGCUUCCAAUGUUUCCGGACAGCCGCCAAUCUCGUCGCAGAUGUCACUGAAGCAGACCUCGUCGUUUUUCAAAGCAUGGCAUAAGUGGAAGACGCUGCGCCUUCCCUGGCGCCGACAAAUCCUAGCAGGCCUCGACCUACAAGGCAACACCUACUGGGAAUUCCGCGACGCCCGGACCUCCUCCCCGGGCGCCGCCGGCGCCGAGACCACCCGCGCCCGCCGCAUAGUCCGGUACCCGCCGCGCACGCACCCCUCCGACGUCGCCGUCCCGCCGGCCUGGCACCAGUGGCUGCGGCACACGCGCUCCGCCGCCCCGACCCUCGACGAGCAGCACGCCGACGCCGCGCGCCAGCUCCGCAUGAAGGCCCUCGCCGCGCAGGCGGACGCCCGGUGGGCCGCCGCGGCUGCGGCCGACGGGGCGCCCGGUAAGGGGGCCGAGGGUCAGGCGGCGCCGGCGCCGGCGACGAAAAGUCGGGUGGGGAGCCGGGAGGGUGGCGGGCACGCGCCGGGGGUGUCGCCGGCGGAUGCCGCAGGCGCAGGUGAUGCUGGCCGGGUGGAUGCGGCUGGGGAUAGGGGGCAGAGUUGGCGGAAGAUGCAGGAGGAGGAAAAGGUGCGGGCGGCGGGGCCUGGCGAUCCGUGGAAACGGGCGAGGGGACCCAGCGAGAAGUGGCAACCCAAAGGGUGGGAUCCUUCUGGCGCGUCGAAGCAACGAUGAUGCGGCAGCUGGGCGCGAAUGGCCCCUGAAUAUGAUUCGCAAGAAGAAUGAAGCUGCUGCUUGGUGUAUAUUAUUGUAACUGGUAACCAGUAAAAGCAAUGCGUUCUAGAUUACGCAGACUAUGAAGUCUAAGCGGGAUCUUCUUCA